UCAACGAAAAUUCGUACUCUACGAAAUGAACCUGUCGAAUAAGCCCCAUGUUUCAUGAGGAAUCUUUGUGUUGGUGUCUUUCGGUUAUUUAAAUUUAAAAUGAGACUUGACGACUUAAUAUCUCCAAUGACUUUGAAUUUAUUUGUCAGUAUGGGAUGUGGUGUUAUGCUUGGUUGGUUUAUGAAGGAAAAGUACAAUAAACAACUUGGCUUACAGAGUGAAGAUGCUAGGCCAGGCGCAUCGACAGGCUCCAGCACGAAGGCCGUGGUUGAUACUGCGGGUGAAGGAGGGGAACAUAAAAUGGUACUUGUUGUUAGAACAGAUCUGAAAAUGGGAAAGGGAAAAGUUGCAGCUCAGUGUUGCCAUGCAGCAGUAGGAUGUUACGCUGAGCUUUUAGAGGGGGAUGAAGAUGAUGAGACCUUGGAGCAAUGGGAAGAAAAUGGCCAGCCAAAAAUAGUUGUCAAGGCCCCUGAUGAGGAAACACUAAUAGCAUUGGCCCAACAUGCGCAAUCCGUAGGCUUAACUGCAUGUCUAAUCCAAGAUGCAGGAAGAACUCAAAUAGCUCCAGGCUCAAAAACAGUAUUAGGUGUCGGCCCAGGUCCAGCUGAAUUGAUAGACAAAGUAACAGGUCAUCUGAAAUUAUAUUGAGAAGCUGAAAUGUGAAAUGAUUUGACUGGAAAUUUUGUUUGAAAUGAGCAGAAACAAGAUACAGGGCUGAUAUCCAAUAGGUGCUCUACAGAAGAUCUUUCAAGAGCCAAAAUCGGUCCAGUUUCUAAAAAAAAAAAGCUGCAAAACUUGCAUCCAUGUUAAUAUAAUAUUGUAUAAAUAUCCACAAGGUAUACUAUUCUUGAUGAGCAAUAUACAAUAAAUAAUACCAUUCCUAUAUUUGCAUUAAAUUGCCUGGUAAUCAAGUUCAGGAUUUGUAGUAAAAAUUUUGCAAUAAAUAAGCAGGACUGAAUUGUUUUGAAAUGUAUCUUAUUGAAGGUUGAUAACGUUUCCAGGCUCCGGGAAAAAGAAACUGAUAUGUUGUACAAAUAAUUAUUUCUAACACUGAAGCAUAAUAAAUAAAAAAUUAGGAACAGUUAAGAUACAGAUUUUUAAAAUUAAAAACUGUGGGUAAAAAGGGUAUAACAAUACCUAAACCUUGAGGUGCUUGAUAUCACCCUUUACUCCUACUACAGUACUAGCAAAAUUAGGAUCUGAACCUAUGGUGGUGUUAUUUUGGUUGCCAAUCGAGCCACUUCUCUCCAGAAUUCAUAGAUUUUAUUCUAUAAUGAUUCUACUUUCUUAUCCUUUAAAUUAAAUUAAAUUCCUCUCUCAAAUUUAAUCAAUGUAAUCCACUUCAUCUUCUGUUGCUCCUUGUUGCUGUGGUGUGCUUACAGUACUUUAAAUUUAAUUUUCUUGUUUCAUGUACCUUUUUCUUCUAGUCUGCUUUGUAGUGUAAGAGUUGCCCUCUGUAAGUAUGGUAUUAUAAAUAAAUAAUGAAUCCCUAA